CAUCAUCAGUAAUGGUUCACGCCUCAACCUCGUAACUUCGUUGUUUAAUCUCUGUUGGGCGGUGAAUUUGCAGGAUAUACCGGGAAAGCGCGCCAUCCUGAAGACAUGGAAAUAAAGAUUACCAGUGGAGAUGAUUUUGAUUAGUUGUGAUAAUUUACUUAAUUUAACUAUACUCUAUAGUACUUUCGCCUUUUACUGGCAUUAACCCUUCUAGUCAACCACAGAAACAGUGCGUACAAAUAGGGCAUGUUACCAGUCCCUAUACCGGUUGGGGGUUGACUCGAUGCACACGUUUUUUUUAUUAUCUGAGCAAAUACUGUACUUUACAUCAAUCAAGCGAGAUGAAGCUGUCCUUUAGUUCUCUGGUGAUCACCGCUGGCAUCUUCGGUAUCCUCAGUUUCGCGUUCCUGGCUACGGCGAUCGGAAGCGACUACUGGUACAUUAUUGAGGUGAACAGAACCAACCGGACCGAUACAGACGUUUCGGAUUCCCAUUCCGGAUUGUGGAUAACUUAUGAAGGUCAGAAGGUGUAUUCUUACACAUUUAACUCCCCCAACUACUCUGAACCUGAGAUGCACAUGUUGAACAUGCACAGUGCGAUUGUGGUCCUAUUGCCUCUAAGCCUGGUCCUGCUGGUGUUCGGAGGCAUCUGUGGAUUGAUCAGUUCCCUGGCCCGGAGCCCCACCCUCCUCACUGGCACCGCCUCCUAUCUCAUCCUCUGCAGUGUUCUGACCCUCUCUGGUGUCAGCCUGUACAUCAGUUACUCCCAACAGGCGAUGGCUGAGACUGAGAGGCUGGUGGGGGCUGAGCGUUUGGCCCAGGUGGUCAGCACCUCUUUCGGCUGGUCCCUCGGCCUGGCCUGGCUCUCCUUCUGCCUGGAGGUCCUCACUGGCCUGCUGCUGCUGCUAGCUGCCCGCCUAGCCACCCUGCAGCACGGACCACAAGGCCACGGCUGGCCUCUCCAUGUUGUAACCUAACCCAAGAGGCAGAUGUCACAAGAACUGGAUAACCAACUGGCCCUGAACUGUACCUUUAAUUUUCUAAUGAUUUGUAUGUGCUCGUAUCUGGCACUACAAAUUAAGUUCUCUCUGGAAUAAUUGUUCUUUAAGUAUUUUUUUUUUCAUCCAAAAUGCCAUGUGGUUUAGUCUAUGGGCAAAACAGUUGAGAUUUAGUGCCAUCUUUUGGUGUGAUAAGUCACUACAUUUCAAUUGACAAAUGCCCCCAAAUACCAAAUUGUAUUAUUGUGGUCCUAUAGGAUGAGAAAUUAAACGUACUAGAACUACAGGCCUCAACCACAAGUCACUCUGAAUGGCUGUUAGCGGUCAAGGGGUUUCAUUUUAGAACUUGGGCAAGUGAAGGGCUAUAGGAAAGAAGUAUGUAUCAUGAGUGGAUGUACUCAAAGCAAAAGCCAUAGUAGAAAUGCUCAGAGCAGACUGAGGGUGCAUCUCAAGUGAAUCUUUAGCCAGAUGUAGCAGUGGUAUCAGCGGAGCCUUGUCUGGCAGAAAAACAGUUCAUUCAGCCUCAUUUACUGCCGGUUUAAAAAAAAAACAUAUCUGACAUGGCUGACUUGCCUAAACAAAGGUGGUUUCUACUAACAAUUGAGAUGUACAAACUAUGGCAUUAGGGAGUGAUGAGUGGAUAAGAGGUGAUCUGUAAUUCUGAUUAAGAAAUUAGGAGACUAAAUGACUUGGCGUUACCUUAGAUUGUAAACUGUCAUAGUCAAAACAUAUCGAUUCAAUGGUUGUAAAGAUGGGGAGAGAUCUGGCCGUAAUAAAGAGAUGCUCUGAUUGUUUUGACACCACACUCCAGAAAUCAAGUUCUGCAGGCUCUAGUUUUGUCUAAUCUUGAUUAUUGUGUGGUCCAGUGCUGCAAGGAAAGACCUAGUUAAGCUGCAGCCCAGAACAGAGCGACAAAUAUUGCUCUUCAUUGUAAUCAGAGGCCUGAUAUAAAUACUAUGCAUGCCAGUCUCUCUUAGCUAAGAGUUGAGGAGAGACUGACUGCAUCACUUAUUUUUAUAAGAAACAUUAACGUGUCGAAAAUCCCCAAUUGUUUGCAUAGUCAACAUACACAAAGCUCUGACACACACUUACCCCACCAGACAUGCCAUCAGGGGUCUUUUCACAGACCCCAAAUCCAGAACAAAUUCAAGAAAACGUACAGUAUUAUUUAGAGCCAUUAUUGCAUGGAACUCUGUUCCAUCUCGUAUUGCUCAAAUAAACAGAACCUGUUUUGUUUUUUUAAAAGGAUAAAGCAACACCUCACAACACAACGCCUCUCCCCUGUUUGACCUAGAUAGUUUGUGUGUAUGCAUUGAUAUGUAGGCUACGUGUACCUUUUUAAGAAAUGUAUGUACAGUUGAAGUCGGCAGUUUACAUACACUUAGGUUGGAGUCAUUAAAACUCGUUUUUCAACCACCACAAAUUUCUUGUUAACAAACUAUACUUUUGGCAAGUCGGUUAGGACAUUUACUUUGUGCAUGACACAAGUCAUUUUUCCAACAAUUGUUUACAGACAGAUUAUUUCACUCAUAAUUCACUGUAUCACAGUUCCAGUGGGUCAGAAGUUAACAUACACUAAGUUGACUGUGCCUUUGAACAGCUUUGAAAAUUCCAGAAAAUUAUGUCAUGGCUUUAGAAGCUUCUGAUUGACUCAAAUUAUGUCAAUUAGCCUAUUGGAGGUGUACCUGUGGAUGUAUUUCAAGACCUACCUUCAAAUUCAGUGCCUCUUUGCUUGACAUCAUGGGAAAAUCCAAAGAAAUCAGCCAAUCAGCCAAGAAAAAUUGUAGACCACAAGUCUGGUUCAUCCUUGGGAGCAAUUUCGAAACGCCUGAAGGUACCAUGUUCAUCUGUACAAAUAAUAGUACGCAAGUAUGAACACCAUGGGACCACGCAGCCGUCAUACCGCUUAGGAAGGAGACGCGUUCUGUCUCCUAGAGAUGAACGUACUUUGGUACGAAAAGUGCAAAUCAAUCCCAGAACAACAGCAAACGACCAUGUGAAGAUGCUGGAGGAAACGGGUACAAAAGUAUCUAUAUCCACAGUAAAACGAGUAAAAUUUGUGGGCAGAACUAAAAAAGCAUGUGCGAGCAAGGAGGCCUACAAACCUGACUCAGUUAUACCAACUCUGUCAGGAGGAAUGGGCCAAAAUUCACCCAACUUAUUCUGGGAAGCUUGUGGAAGGCUACAUUUGACCCAAGUUAAACAAUUUAAAGGCAAUGCUACCAAAUACUAAUUGAGUGUAUGUAAAACUUCUGACCCACUGGAAAUGUGAUGAAAGAAAUGAAAGCUGAAAUAAAUAAUUCUCUCUACUAUUCUGACAUUUCACAUUCUUAAAAUAAAGUGGUGAUCCUAACUGACCUAAGACAGGGAAUUUUUACUAGGAUUAUAUGUCAGUAAUUGUGAAUAACGGAGUUGAAAUGUAUUUGGAUAAGGUGUAUGUAAACUUCAGACUUCAACUGUAAUUCUGUCUUUGAGCUGUUCUUGUCUAUUAAUGUUCUGUAUUAUGUCAUGUUUCAUGUUUUGUGUGGACCCCAGGAAGAGUAGCAGCUGCUUUUGCAACAGCUAAUGGGGAUCCUAAUAAAAUACCAAAUGAGCAUGCUAAAA